UGCACAAUAGCGGUAUUUCCUGGUAAAAGUCCUCAAUCUUGAAACGUCACUACCCAUCGGUGUAUUUUUAAGUGUGUGAAAACGCCAAACAAAGAUUAGAUUCUGCAAGAAAGUGAUGCAAGUGCAACUAUUAAGCCUCUGAAUGAAUCUCGAAAUCUCAUAUUUCAAAAUCAGGACGAUGGGGGAUGCUUUGCUAAAACGUAUAAAUGUAUUCUUCUAAUUAAUCAAUUUAGUAGACAACAAUCAACCAUCAUGAAGUUUCUUUUGAUCGUAUCUGGGAUUUUUGGUGUAGUGAUGUCGCAGAAUCCGUACCAUCAGGCUUACACCGUCAGGUACGACAAUGAUAAUGACGGGUUGGGACAGUACCGGUUUGGUUUUGAAACUAGUGAUGGCUUUAGACAUGACCAAAGUGGCCAAUUACAAAACGUAGGUACCGAGAACGAAGGGAUAGUUAUGAAAGGGUCUUAUUCCUACAUAGGCCCUGAUGGGGUUACCUACACUGUGUAUUACACGGCCGACGAAAAUGGGUUCCACCCAGAGGGAGCACACAUACCACAAUCCGCAGGAGUUGGUAAAGCUGGUAACCUUCUCUAGUUUGUUUUACGAAGAGAGAUAAUGAAUUACUAGUCACAACAAUUUAUGCCAAAACGUGACACUACAUCAACGAGCGAAAGCAUGAAGUAGUAUUAUUUUUAUACUUUUUUACUUAUGUUAAUUUAGUCAAAAUUUUGUACUUAAUUUUA